AUGGCCGUGGCCUGCGGCUCAAAUGUCUCAGGCCGGUGCGACCUCCCGGCGCUGGCCGCGGGCCUGACCUACACGCAGGUUGCCGGCGGACAGCGCCACACCGUCUUGCUCAGGAGCGAUGGCACGGCCGUGGCCUGCGGCGACAACGGGCACGGCCAGUGCGACCUCCCAGCGCUGGCCGCGGACCUGGCUUACACGCAAGUUGCCGCUGGACGGCGACACACUGUCCUGCUGAGGAGCGACGGCAAGGCGGUGGCGUGCGGCGAUAAUGCUGAUGGUGGGUGCGACCUCCCUGAGGUGGUCGCUGGCCUCACCUACACGCAAGUUGCAGCAGGGUGGGGCCAGACGGUCCUGCUCAGGAGCGACGGCACGGCCGUGGCCUGCGGCGACAACGAGUACGGUAAGUGUGCCCUCCCCGUCCUGACUGCGGGCCUGACCUACGCGCAGGUUGCUGCUGGUCCAGGCCACUCCGCCCUGCUGAGGAGCGACGGCACGGCCGUGGCCUGCGGCUUGAACGUCGCUGGUCGGUGCGACCUCCCCGCGCUGGCCGCGGGCCUGACCUACACGCAGGUGGCCGCUGGGCGGCGCCACACCGUCUUGCUCAGGAGCGACGGCACGGCCGUGGCCUGCGGCGACAACGGCAGCGGCCAGUGCAGCCUCCCGGCGCUGACCGCGGGCCUGCUCUAUGCAGCUCACCUCUUUCCAGCGUUAACGCUGCUCCUGGAGGCGUCGCUCGACGGCGAUUCGGUGCGGUUCCUGACCCUCGGUGGGGUGGAGCGCUGCAGAGCUCGGGCAGGACCCGCCGCUCGCCUCUCGGGCAUCUACGACCAGCUCGUGGCCGACCAUUGUCGGACGAGGCUGGGGGCCGGCGUCUGGAGGGUCGACGCGGUCCUGCCGGGGGGCCGGCUUCUGAGCGGCGCCUCGGCGUGCGAGACUGUUGCGGAUGCCUUCGGCCCUGCUCGCGCCUUGCAGGGAGGCGGCCACCACAACGGCGACCGCCACGGCCACAGCCACGGCGGCGACGUCGUCGACGCCGCCUCGAGGGCGCCAGCGCGGCCCGCGAGGCGCAGCUCGCAGCGCCCGGCCGGGACGGACUCUGGCAGGGGCGCGGGGACGAUCGGGGGAUCCCGGGUCCGCCUCCCGCUCCAGGGGCGCCUGGAGUUCAUCAGAUUCCAGGCGCCCCUGGAGUCACUUGCGAUGCAUCACGUGACCGGCACUUGCGACGACGCCGACGACGGCGUCGCCGGCGCCCUCUCCGCGGCCGAGGCGACGGCGCCGCCGCCGCCGUCGCGCCGAGGCGACGGCGACGGCGUCGACGACGACGUCGGCGCCGGCGGCCGCCGCCCGCGGGCGGCCGCCGCGAGCGGCGCCGGGCCCCCCCGAGAGGCCGGGGCCGAGGCGGGCGGGCCGGCGGAGGGCUCCGAGACGGAGGGCUCCGGCACGGAGCCGCCCAGCCCGGCAGGCGCGGAGAACGGCGAUGCGGGUGCGCCCCGCGAUGACCCGUUGGCCUCGCGCACCGGGCCGCCCACGACGCUCAGGAUGCAACCUGCCCACCUCCCUGGACGCCCCCCGAGCGCGAUCUCUGAGCUCGCGCUACGCGUGGAGAGCCUGCUGGGGCGCUUCGGCGACGUGGUGGGCAAGCCAGAGGUCACGGCGCUCGCGGAGAGGGGCGGGACCGUGAGCCUGGAGGUGCACGUGCGCCUGGCCGACAGGGCGGCCGCGCUGGCGGCCGCCGAGAGCCUGCACGGCGUGGACUGGCGCAGCGAGGCGGAGGAGAGGCUCCGCGCGCUGCGAUGGCAGACGAUACUGCGCGUUCCGGCCGACUUCCGCGAGCGUCUUGCAGAGGCGAUGGCCUUCAGCCUUGGGCCGCGGAGCUGGGCGGCCGCAGCAUCCACCCUCGCAGAGGCCUGGCCGCCCGAGGGCGUGCCCGAGGGCGCUGCCGCGGGCGCUGCCCUGGCCACGCGCGCGUGGCCAGCCGAGCCGGAGGCGGAGCCGGAGGGGCACUUCGGACUCCAGAAGCUCUUCGUGCAGCGUCGGCAGAGCGGCGUGGCGCUGCACCUCUGGGGGUGCCUGGCAAGGGCGGCGGGCGGUCCAACGCCCCCUGCCAUCGCUGGCCUGGACCUGGACCUCCACAGCGCCAGCCCGUCCAGAGUGCACGGGUGGGCGCCCGAGUGGGAUUGGUGGACUGCUUGGUGCCACCUCGAGCCUGCCGACGUCCAAAUUCCUGGCGGGGUAUUCGCCGAGCAGGUCCGUGCGGAGGGCGCCGCCGAGGCGGGCCGCGUCGCGAGGGAAGCGUGGCGGGGCGCUGGCAGCCCCGCCGGCCAGCGCUGGACACGGCCGCGGCUGCCGCGGCAGGCCGUUGCGCCGUUCGGCCUGCAGGCUCGCCUCUGUGACGUGGCGGCAGGAGUUCGCCUGGGAAGGAUCUGCGCCGAGCUCCAGCUCCAGGGCGAUUGGCCAGGGCUGCGCCUGCUUGGCCACCUCCGGGGCGCCGGCCGCGUCCGCGGGCCGCGGGGGAGAGCUCGACCGCGCAUGUCGCCGCGCGCUGCGGUGCGCGCCGGGCGCGAGCAGCGGCGGGCACUCUGUGUCCUUGUGCUGGCCGGCCUGUCUGACAACGUUGCCACCGUCGAGGUCCUAGGCGGAGUCCCGUCACAUCCAGCUCUCCGCCCUGCCGACGCUUUCACUUCGGCGGCUUUUGCCCGCCUGGCGGCCUUGGACGUUGGCGUGGCUUGCCCGGGCUCCGCGGGCAGCGUGGCGGACGCCUGUGCUGCCGUGGUGGCAGAAACGCUGGUUCGGUACGCCGACGUGCUCCUGGAGCUCGCGGACGAGGACAUCGAGUACCGCGCUCUGAUCUGGUUCGCGUUCGAGGCGCCGGCCAGCGCGGGCGGCGCGGGCGAGUAUGCCGGCGACGUCGUGCCGCACCUGGACGGUGGCAGUGUCGUCAGCGACGACGUGGAGCCGCCCCUGGUCGCGGACAGUGUCGUCUGCGCCGAGGGCGAGGGCCGCUCGGUCUCGGAGGGCGUGUUUGUUUCGUUCCUGGGCGGCUUCUCUGUGGCGGCGGUGGCGUGUGCGGCCAAGGGGCCGAAGUCGGUAGUUGAGUCACUCCUGGACUUGGCCGAGGUGCAGGUUGUCCAAAUGCGGCCCUAG